UUGACAUCUGAGACGACGGCAUGUUUACAUAGUUUGUCUGCCACGAGUGUUAUUUUCAUAAAAUUCUUAAUUAUUUUCCCAUAAAAACACCGGGCCAAUAUGCCGAAAGUUCGAAGUACCACGGGGGCACCCCGCAAACAGGGGUUCAAUAAGUCCAACCAUUCCAUGAACCCCGAAAGACCCAAAUCUGGCCUUAAGGGAGUAGCGAAUCCGAGAACAAAGGGUACUAUCAAACGUUUGCAGAUGUACAGAAAUUUCAAGGCCAAGAGAGAUCGUAAUGGUAAAAUUUUAACUCCUGCCCCUUUCCAGGGCCGUCUGCCAUCUGGUACUAUGGCAAGAGUUGAACCAACACCCAAGUGGUUCAGUAACUCUCGUGUCAUAUCACAGUCUGCACUACAGAAAUUCCAAGAUGAAAUAGGAAAAGCUGUCAAGGAUCCAUAUCAGGUUAUUAUGAAGCCCAGCCAGUUGCCCAUAACAUUGCUGAAUGAAACGGCAAAACAUCAAAGGGUACAUCUCUUGGAAACCGAAAGCUUUGAAAGCGUUUUCGGACCAAAGAAGCAACGUAAACGUGUUAAUAUUAAAGUUCGCGAUCUUGAGGAUUUGAGUCGUAAGGUGGAGGAACAAGCUGAGGAGUAUGAUGCCACCAAGGAUGUUGAUUUGGUGCGCGAAGAUACCGGUGUAAAAGAUGCUCAACGCGAUUGGGUAUUUGCUGCUGGCCAGAGUAAACGUAUUUGGAAUGAAUUGCACAAGGUGGUGGAUGCCUCAGAUGUUCUCCUGCAGGUUCUAGAUGCCAGAGACCCCAUGGGUACACGCUCCAAAUAUAUUGAAGAAUUCUUGCGUAAGGAAAAACCCCACAAACAUUUGUUCUUCAUCUUGAACAAAGUCGAUUUGGUACCGGUGUGGGUAACACAACGUUGGGUGGCCAUCUUGAGUGCCGAGUAUCCCACCAUUGCCUUCCAUGCUUCAUUGCAACAUCCCUUCGGUAAGGGUGCUCUCAUCAAUCUGUUCCGUCAAUUGGGAAAACUGCACAUAGACAAGAAACAAAUCAGUGUCGGUUUCAUUGGUUAUCCCAAUGUGGGUAAAUCGUCCGUCAUCAAUGCUCUGAGAUCCAAGAAGGUUUGUAAGGUUGCUCCUAUUGCUGGUGAAACUAAAGUUUGGCAAUACAUUACACUGAUGAAACGUAUUUUCCUGAUUGAUUGUCCCGGUGUGGUUUAUCCCUCGGCUGAAACGGAUACGGAGAAAGUGCUAAAAGGCGUUGUACGUGUGGAAUUGGUAACGAAUCCCGAGGAUUAUGUAGAGACGGUAUUGAAACGUAUUCGCCCGGAAUAUAUAAAGAAAACGUAUAAAAUUGAAAGAUGGUCAUCCCAUAUGGAUUUCUUAGAACAAUUGGCCAAAAAGACAGGAAAACUGCUAAAGGGUGGUGAACCUGACAUUACAGUUACCGCCCGUAUGAUACUCAACGAUUUCCAAAGAGGCAAACUACCAUUCUAUAUUGCACCAGAAGGCUUUGAAGUGCCAAAAUCCCAUGGCACUGAGACAGAGGAGAAACCAAAAGAUGAAGAAUCCGAAGACAAGGGCGAUGAGAAAUCUGAAACUGCCACGGUUGUUAGUGAAUCUGUUAAAAAGGCCAAGGAAUUCAAACAGCUGCAAGAUUUCCGUAAGAUUAAGGUGGCUGUCGAUUUCGUCGAAGACGAUAUCAAGGAAUUGGAUAAAAUCGAUUUGGAACUUUUGGAACAACAGAAGGCCGAAAGGGCUGCCCGCAAGAAGGCGCGUCUUCUCAAACAAGGAGAAGAUGAUGAAGACUCCAGUGACGGGGCUAGUGAUUUCUAUUCCGAAGAUGAAUACGAUGAAGAUCUUAAGAAGGUCGUGCACAAAAAGGCGGCGCCGAAGAGAACUAAAAAUGUUGCCAUUACAUCGUCGGGCAAAUUUAGAGUACGCGAAGAAAUUGAAGAUUCUGGCAGUGAUUCAGAUGGUCCAUCGGGAGCACCGCCGGCUAAAAAGAAAUUAACAGCCAAACAGAAGCGUACCUUGGAAAGGCAAGAAAAACGCAAGAAAGUGGGUAGUAAUUUCUAUGAAGUUACAAAUGUUAAGAAUCGUAAUCGCAAUAAGAAGGCGAAAAAUUAA